AUGCCGUUUUUGAACUUCAUUGGGUGUUAUAUGGGCUGCAACAGUUACCGCGGGCCUGGUUUGAUCGGUUUAGCAGCUUCCUCGUCUCUCAUUGACUUUGGGUUCUUUUGUAGCAUAUCAGAUAGCUCUAUGUUUGUCUAUCGUCAUGGUGGUUGCAUUCUUGUGUUACUGUUAUAUGUUGAUGAUAUUGUUCUCAACGGCAAUGAUGAGGCGUUUCUAUCUUCAUGUGUCACUGCCUUGGGCACACACUUUGCAAUGAAAGACUUGGGUACCUUGCAUUAUUUUUUGAGCAUUGAGGUAUCUCAUACUUCUCAAGGCCUAUUUCUGUCUCAAUUAAAGUAUGUUGCUGAUGUGCUUCUUCGUGCCCAUAUGACUGAUAUCAAACCAAUGUCUACUCCAAUGGUUCUCUGGUCUUCCAUAGAUGAUACCACUCCCUUCUUUGAUGUUAUACUUUAUCGGAGCCUAGUUGGUGCCCUACAAUAUCUCACAAUGACUCGACCAGAUCUCUCAUUUGCUGUUAAUUCGGUGUGUCAAUAUAUGCAUGCUCCCACUAUUUCUCACUUUGGUAUGGUCAAGCGUAUACUACGUUAUGUGAAGGGUACUCUAGAUCGGGGACUUCGCAUUGUGCGUGAUAGAUCUCUUGCUCUAUAUGCGUUCUCCGACUCUGAUUGGGCUGGGUGCCUUAUCACUUGGUGUUCUACAACUAGUUUUUGUACCUUUCUUGGUGCUAAUUGUAUUUCUUGGAGUGCCAAGAAGCAGCCAUGGUCUCCCGUUCCAACACUGAGGCCGAGUACCGGCUAUGGCUACUACAGCUGCUAA